AUGUUCAGUGAAAAGAAUAGAAAUUCAAAGACAGUUAUUGACCUGACGGAUUCUCCUAAAAAGAAGAGAAUAAAGGCUGAAAAUUGCAUGGCUACAAGGUAGACUGCUUUAAAAUAAGUAUAUACUGUAUGCCAGCAAUUGUAUAUUAAAAGAACUCACGGAGUAUUUACUUCCCUGGUUGCAUUUUUUAUUUUAGUGAAAUAGUGGUUGAGGAUUUACAACAACCUGCUUUCUACAAAGGUUUACCUGUCCUCCCUGCCAUGUCUUCUGAUGAAAAUCAAGAGGUGUUGAAACUACUUUUGAAUACCCCCAGAAACCACCCAGAAUUUAUUGCAUCAACUCAUCCUGUUCUGAUUGAUAAAAAUGUUAGUUUUAUAAUUAAUCUUGAUGACCUAAUUCACCCAGAGGAUUUGCUAUCUGACGAUUUGGGUGCAUGGGAGCAAACAAAGACGAGAUCCAAGUGGUAUGUGGUCAAGAAGAAUGCAAACGAAGAAGUGUGUGGUGUAACCAAAGUUGCAGACAAAUUACCAGGAUCCUACCAGGUGUGUAGAAGACCUUACAUCAAUAAAAGUGAUGGGUCACUGAAAAAGUGCAUUGUUAACGUCAUGUUACCUGAUAGUUCCCAUUAUAACCUCGUAUACGUGCGUUACAACUUUGAAGGCGAAGAGCACAAAAUUGAAGUGAAACCACAUGGGAACUCCACCACCUCAACAAUUCCGUACUUACGAACGUACAAAAGCACUGUUUCCAAAAUAAAAGAAACACUCACUCACCAAAAUAAAGGAUUGAAAAGAGUAGUGCACGAGGUAGAAGAAGCGGUUGGCGGGCUUGAGCACUGCAAAUCAAAAGGAUCACUUCCUCGAAAUGAAAAUCAAGCCAAAUAUCUUAAAAUUGCCGGUAAAGAAAACGUGUCUGACCCUAUUCUGGAAAUUACUCAAAAAGAUGAAACUUGA